UCCCCCUGUUGCUCAGGAGUAUGUGUCUGGCACAGAUGUGCGUUGAUGUGCUUCCAGCCGUUUGUGGGAAACCGUGACGCCUGGGUCAUGGUCUGGGCCGGUCUGGACCGGAGGAUCCUCCCUGCGGGCUGUGAGAUCAUCACACAUUUAAUUAGCCAGGAUCUACCAAUUAACAGACAGUCAGCUCUCUCUGCCUUUUAAAAGCAGCCGAGUCAAGCAUCCAGCAGUUGUCUGACAGAGGCUCAAACAAGAAGGAUGUCUUCCACUGUACUUUCUACUGUUAUUUUGCUGGCGUGUGCCUUGGCAUUUAGUGCUGCUCAGACGAGUUGUAAAAGUCGAUGUGGUGCUGAGUACUACAGGGGCUACAUGUGUCAGUGUGACUACAACUGUCUGUCUUAUGGAGAGUGCUGCAAAGACUUUGAAUCCGAAUGCACCACAAAAAACUCGUGCAAAGGACGGUGUGGUGAAAACUUCAAAAGAGGCCGGCUGUGUACCUGCGACCCGAACUGCAAUGAGUACAAACAGUGUUGUCCAGAUCACAAAGCCCACUGUGAAGCAGAGGAAGAAAUCAUCAGUGCAGCCAGUGCAGCAGCACCAGUGAAGACUGAUUCGUGCAAUAAUGUAAAUGGUAACAAGCCUAAAGGCCAAGCCCUUAAACCUUUAUUCGUGAACGUUGCCACAGAGCCGACUGUAAAUGAAGCAGCAGAGCCUUCUACACUCAGCAAGGGAAAGCAUCCAGAUAUCGACGAACAAAUUCUCCCCAAAGAUGACUCCUCCAAUAAUGAAGUGGAGAACCCAGAGGACGUUCAGCUCCAAGAGAGCACCAGUGGCCCGUCACCAGCUGACCUGCUGGAUCCACUCCCUGUGGACCUCACUGAGGCUCCAGAUGCUCUGGAGUUCACUACAGAGACAACCACAGCCUCCUCCCAGCCACAAACCCCCGCCUCAGACCACGGACCAACACGGGCUGAGGCCUCCCCGGACCCCGCCGCUGUAGACGCCCCCAAUGAGAGCGAAGUUGCCAACGAUGCUGAAGAUGUCUCCAGCCAGCCGACUGCAACUCCAGUUCCCCAAACGGUACCCACGGAGGUCGAGGCGGAAGAGCAGGAAGAAGUGGACCCUGAGGGUCUCCCCGAGUCCCCCCUUCUGCCUGCAGCCCCCUCUGAUGAACCAGAGGUAACAUCUCCCUCCAAAACAUCCUCACACACAACUGUGGCCCCGAUGUCCACAGAAGCCACACAGGCCCCCCCCUCCUCCUCCCCCCCUGGUGGCCCGGACGACUCUCAGAUCCCCACCGUCCCUGCUUCCACGCCGGACCCGACACCCGUCCCCGAGGCGACCGCUUCCAGCAAACUGGAAGACGCCGACAGCGUCACAACAGGCCCCGCUUCUGCUCUGGCGGACCUUGAGGGUCCCGCAACCCCGACCCUCACGCCGGAACCGACCAAACCCGCACCAUCUGAGGUCACCCCAAAACCCCAAGAUAAACCCGACGCGGAUGAUUCAUCGCCACUUGAACCGGGUCCUGCUAAACCCAGCUCCAAACCUGAGACCAAGCCCCUGAUCCCUGCGCAGACCCUCAACACGGACAAUCCCAGAGAAUACCAAGCAGAUGACAGCAACGAUACUGACCUGUGUAGUGGGCGGCCGGUCGGCGCAGUGACCACGCUGAAGAACGGCACCAUGGUGGUUUUCCGAGGGCACUACUUCUGGUCUCUGGACAAAUCCAUGGUUCCUGGUCCGGCUCGCGUCAUCACACAAGUGUGGGGCGUCCCUUCCCCCAUCGACACCGCCUACACCCGCUGCAACUGCCAAGGCAAAACAUAUAUAUUCAAGGGAUCCCAGUACUGGAGAUUUGAAAAUGAUGCGUUGGAACCCAACUAUCCAAAGCCCAUUAAAACUGGCUUUGAUGGGCUUCGGGGUCAAAUCACAGCUGCUCUGUCUGUGCCUCAGUACCAAACGAGGAGAGAGUCAGUUUACUUCUUCAAGAGAGGAGGAUCGGUGCAGAAAUAUUCAUACAAGUUUGGCCCCAGUGCAUCGUGUGGAAGGAAAGUCCAGUCCCCUGUUUACACGGUCCACAGUCGAAUGGUUCGAUCAGCAGCAUCUCAUCUUGAGCCAGCGGUAAACAUCCGGACAUCUUGGAGAGGGUUCCCCUCCACCAUCACAGCUGCCGUGUCCGUCCCGAGCAGCAGAGAUCCAGAGAGAUACAAAUACUACGUCUUCUCAAGAUCCACAUCGUACAACGUGAGGAUUUCUAGCAAUCGUCCUGUCGUUUCUGCUCCUUCAGCCAACGAGCCUCCUCAGAGCAACAACUUCGUCAAAUGCCCAAAGAAAGCGUGAGGAAGGAAAGAGGCAUCAAAUACAGCGUUUAUUACAUGUUUAUUACGUACUUCAUAAAACAAUGCUUAAGCAUGGACUGAUUUCACAAAACAACUUUAACAGUAGAGAAAAAAGAAACUAAAAACAGCCUUUAAAACACGCAAACAUAGUCGUGGCUGAAAACAAUAUGAAAACAUUGGUUGGAAAAUAUCUUUUAUGUUUUUGAAGGGAAUGGAAACUUCUUUCACCGAGUUUUCAAACGGUCGCUUCAUCUUGCGAAUCGUCUCCCAUGAACUCCCCGAGAAGGAAAUCCCUGACCUGUGGGGAGAUUAAAAAAAGUCAACCUGCUCUAGUGACGUAAAGAAUUUGUACAGCGGCUGUACAAGAUGUGUAGGAAAUGUUAACAAUGACAUGUGUUUGAUCCAAUAUUUCUAUCAACAAUAAACUUGUACAACACCAAAA